AUGUCGGGGGCGGACUUAGAGCCGUCGGGCGAGGCAGCGGGCGAGGCGUGGAUACAAGUGGACGACGGAACGAGCCCGCGCGAGAAUCGCAAGAGCGGCCUCGUAUGGGCAGGUAGGUGCCCACUCGUGCUCCGCGCCCACGCGUCUCACAAUCCCGGCCCGGCGCAUGCGCAGCGACAGCGGGGGCGGGGCGCAGCGAGGUCCGCGGGUGUGACGGACGGCACGCAGUGUUUUUUCCCGGCGCGCCUCUCCAAGUACUUCCCCUUCGGCUCGCUGCUCGUCCUCAACUUUGCCUUCGUGUUGGCGUCGUGCGCGGGCGACGCGGCGAGUCGCAAGACGGCGAUCACGGUGGCGCUCAUCUGGUGCCUCCUCGCCUCCACGCUCCUCGCCUUCCUCAAGCGCCUCCCGCCCAACUCGCCGCGGUACGGCGGCGCUAGGGUGUUGCGCACGGCGACGGCGGACUUCGUGCUGAUGUGCGACGCGCACGUGGUGGGGCACGCCGCCAUCUCCGCCGUCGCCUUCACGUCGCUCGGCUUCUUCACCGAGUCCGUCCGCCAGCCGCUCUUCCCAGGCGUGGAGCCGUUGUGGUUCCUGGCGGCGCAGUACGUGCUGCUGCUGUUCGCGUGUCUGCUCACGCUCGUCGUCGUCGACGCCACGCCCGGCCUCACCACCAUCCCCUUCCCCUUCCCCCUCGCGCUCCCCGCCUCCCCGCCGCGCAACCACCUCUGCGCGCAUGCCUGCCCCGGGCACCGCGCCUGCCUGCCUUCGCGCCUACCCGCCUUUCCGCGCUCCACCGACCUCCGCUCGUCUGGCGGCUCCGCGUUGUUCGCCGCCAGUGCCGCCGCUGCUGCCGGCGGAAAGUCGGGCGAGCAGGCGGGAGGCGCGACUCCCCGAAGAACCCCCUCCCGCACGCCCUACUUGCUGCAGCUGGCGCGCGAGGCUGGCGCUCCUGUCGCGCCAAUGACCCCCGAUGCGCUGCUGCCCGCAGAAGCCGCGCAGCCGGGCAGCGGAGAGCGAGUGAAGGAAGCGACAGACGAGGUCGGGAGGAAUGAGGGCGCGGGAAUUGAAGACGAGCAGCGGAGUGUGGGUGCUUUAGGGCCGGAGGCCGGGGAACCAGGGGGUAGACAAGAGAGAGGGGCGGAGGACACAGUUGUGCCUGGCGGAGACAAGUCAGCGGAGGGAGCUGGGGACGUUGGUAGGGGGGGGAUGGCAGAACCAGAGGGCAGUGCGGAAAAGCAAGAAGCGGAGCGGAACGAGCAGGAUGUGCGGGGCGGCAGCGAGGGGAGGGAGAUGGAACGGGCGGGGCGGGCUGAGGCGGAAGCACGGAGAGAUGCGGGCACAGGUGGGGUGGGAACAGAGGCGGAAGCAACAGAGGCGGAAACAGCCGAGGCGGAAGCAACAAAGGCGGAAACAGCCGAGGCGGAAGCAACAGAGGCGGAGGCAGCAGAGGCGGAAGCAGCAGAUGCGGAAGCAGAGGCGGAAGCAGCAGAAGCGGAAACAGUAGAGGUGGAAGCAGCAGAAGCGGAAACAGUAGAGGCAACAAGAGAAGCAACGGCAAAGAGGGACACAGAGGCAGCGGAGAUGACGAAGGAAGUAGAGGCAGGGGCUGGAGUGAGCAGCAGCACGGCGGUUGACGCGUCCACCGCCACUGACGCGUCCACAGCCACUGGCGCCUCGCCUGCGUGUGCCGCCCUGCCUUCCUCUGCCAGCCCUGUCCGGGUCUCCACAGCCCCUGCUGCUGCCUCCGUCGCUGCUGCGCCGGCACGGGCUGCCAAGGCGCCUGUCGCUGCUGGCAGCCGAGCGGGCAGCAGCGGCGGCGGCGGCGGUGCAGCGAAGGCAGGAGGCGGAGGCGCGUGGGCGAAAGCGAGCGGAAGGCGGGAAUUGUGGGGCAGCGCGACUGCGAAGGCGGGCGCAGGGGGAGCAGCGGAGCCGGGGAAAAGGAGCAGCAAGUCGGGGGGCGAGAGGGGCGCCAGGGGCGGAGGUACUGGCGGGCGCACGUCGGUGGGGAGGCGGGAGAGGAGGGGCGCAGAUGAGGGGGAGGGCGAGGGGGGAGAUUCGCGUGCAGCGGUGGGGAAGGAGGGGUGCAUUGGCGAGAUCAAGGCGGAGCAGCACGGCGUGGCGGCGGAGGAAGAGCGCGCGCGAGAGGAGGCGGCAGAUGAGGGCUGCAGCCCGGGGGAGGGAGAGCGAGUGGCAACGGCGGAGGGGCUAGAGGGGGAAGAGGCGGAGGAGGGGGCAGCAGGUAGGGAGGAGGCGGAGGAGGGGGCAGCAGGGGGGAAGGAGGUGGCGCACGAGGGGGAAAAGGGUGAAGAGGCGGAAGAGGGGGCAGGAAGAGGGGAAGGGACUGAGGAGGAGGGGCAGGAAGUGCGGGAGGAGAUGACGCGGCGGCUGGUGGUGGCGCGCUUCCACAGCCUCGUCAGCCACGUCAAGGCCGCCGCCGCUGCCCUCCUGCACGCCCUCGCCGCGGAGGGGCGCGCCUCACCCCCCAGCACGGGCAGUCCGCCAGAGAGUGGCGCAGGGGAGAGCGGAGGAGGGGAGCGGGGGAGGGCGGAGGCGGAGUACGAGGGGGCGGUGCAGCAGGUGGGGCGCAUGGUGGGCGCCAUGGCGGGCAUGGGCCUGCACGACCACGUGACUGCAUGGCUAGCAUGUGAUGCACACCUCCCCGCCCUCCUCUCCGCCACCCGCCCCAUCCCUGCCUCGCCCUCGCCCUCGCACUCUCCUGCCCUCCCGUCCCCCCACCCCUCCCCCGCCUGCUCCCCCUAUUUCGCGUCCCCAUCAUCCGCCAGUCACUUCCCGCCGCCCCUGGCCGCGUUCAUUCCCCCCGUGCUGCUCCCCGCCCUGCGCCUCCUCCCCUCCCUUCCCCCCGCCUCCCCCACUCGCCUCCUCUUCCUCCGCCUCUGGCUUCCCCCCCUCGCCUGUGUCCCCCCGACCCCUGCUGUGCGCGCAGCACUGGGGGAAGUGGUGGAGGCGAUGGGGGAGGGGGAGAGGGCGGAGGUGGAAAAGAUGGUGGGUCAAGUGAUGAGAGCGUGGGGGGAUGGCGGAGAGCAGACAGUAGUGAGUGGGGAAGUGGGAAAGGCGAGAGCUUGCGGUGGUUGCAAGGAGGCACUGCACUCUCACCUUGACCAUUCCGCCCCGCCUCACUCCACCGCAUGGGACUUGCACCUGGACCCCCCUGGCCAAGACACCAACACACAACACAACGCCCCCCUCCUCCCACCCUGGUCCGACCCCCAUUGCCCGUAUGCUGCUCUUCCCCUGUCCCCCCGAACAUCCCAGCGCAUUAGCCGCAGUGCCACGCGGUGUGUACGAGCACAUGCACCAGCCCUUGAGGCCGUGGGGUGGGGGCUGCCUGCCACCACUGCAUGCUUGCCCACUCACUCCCACCCUGCAGCCCCGCCUUGCCCGCCUCCGCACACAGGCUUCCACCCCCUCUCCCCAGCUGCUGCCUGCCAUGCUAGCAGGCGCUGUGGGUGGUGA